AUCAGAAUAUCCAUGGAUCAAAGGUUUGUAGAUGAUUCCAAUUAAGUUUUGUAGCUUGCCGAGUUUGGGAGCGGGAUUGUAACAAACCUAAUCCGAAACACAUACAACUUGCGUAUAUCAAGUUUCUGUAUGGGGGAUGUACUCAUAUAAUUGGAAAUUUAGUUUUAUGUGGACUUGAGAAACUUGUUAAUGGAUCUGAUCCUGACCUGUCUUUCCUUGGAAAAAUUGAGGAUGUAUCUGGUUACGUGUAUAUUGGCAGGAAUAAUGUAAAAUCAAUAUCUUUGCCAUCAUUAAAAGUAAUUCGAGGUGAACCGGGAUACCCUAUUAUGAACACAAGUGCUGCACUUGUGGUAAACCGAAACACUCUUGAAAUACUUGAUUUAAGAAGCUUAACAUCUAUUCAACGCAAUCAUAUAGUGGCGUUUAAUAAUCAGUUUCUCUGCAACUUUGGUUUUACUAUUGACUGGCAGCAAAUCUUCGAGGAUAGUCGUAAGCAAAUGUUUAUACCAGUUCGCAAAGCGGAGACAAUUUCCCAUGCCGGUUGUGAUAUAGCCAUACGCAAAUAUACUGAUGAUCGAACAAAACAUUCAUGCCAUGGUUCAUGUCCAGUGGUAAAUGAACGCGGUUACUGCUGGGGUCCAGAGCCUGAAAUGUGUCAAAAAAUGCUUAAAUGUGCUAACAAUCUGGAUAAUUACUGCCUUGGCGGUAGGACAAGCAACCAACCUUGUCUAGAGGAAUGCUUGGGUGGGUGUGAAAAUCACCCAAGCAAUUGCAGAGCAUGUAAACAUGCAAUAAACGAUGGAAAGUGUGUCUCACAAUGUCCCCCACCACUAAUAGUUAGUCGUGAAGAAAGCAGAACCAUUGCAAAUCCAGAUUUCAAAUACAAUUUUCAUGACAUAUGUGUGAAAAAUUGCCCAGCACCAUUCCUCAAGUCGGAUAGUUAUUGUGUAAUCGAAUGUGAUUUGAAUACUCAAAUUCCUGUGAAUGGUACUUGCAAAGAAUGCCCGAAGUCUGGAUGUCCUGAACAUUGUAAAGAAGAGACUAUCUUUCCCAAUACAACACUGCAUGUUCUGCAGUUAAGUUCACUAAGAAAACUUAAAUCAUGUGUCCACUAUACUGGUAUCCUUUACAUCAGCAAAGAAUCUUUCCAAAGGAGUCCCCAGUUUCCAGAUCCCAUCGAAGAUGUGAAUGAGUUAUAUAAUUUAUUGAAUUUGAGAUCAAUUGUUGGUUAUAUAUAUUUUGAUUUGAGUGAAGUUCCAGAACAACUAACGAAUUUAACAUUUCUAGAGAAUCUAGAAUCUGUUGUUCUCGAGGUGAAAAAUCAGUCACCAGGAUCGGUGAUAACAAUUAUGAACGGUGAAAAUAUUGAAUUAUUUGGAUUCAAGUCUCUAACUAAUAUUGGAGGUUAUGUAUAUUUGAGAAAUUUACCAAAACUUUGUUAUAUUAGUGCACUGACAAAAAUGUCACAUGUGAUUACAGUGGAUGUACAAGAAGAAGAGAUAUGCGUUAAACGCGGUCAUGUUUGCCAUAGCGAAUGUCUACCAGAACUUGGCUGCUGGGGUGCUGAGGCUAAUAUGUGUGCCCAUUGUUGUGGUUUGAAAGCUGGUGACCACUGUGUGUCAAAAUGCACAGACCGCCCUGGAUUUUAUGAAAUCCCAACACCUGUUAAUCAUACAAAUUUGAGGCAGACUGAAGGUGGUCCAGUUUGUAGGACACUGCCCCUGACUAAAAGCCAAAUAGCCGAAAUGGACGAACAAUCCAUCGCUUCAGCCGUAAUUCCUGCAAAAACAUGUGCUGCCUGUCAUCCUGAAUGUGCUCAAACAUGUUAUGGACCUAAUGCUAAUCAAUGCGUUGGCGAGUGUAAACAUUAUCAGCAUGGUGAUUCUUGCGUACCUGAAUGUCCAUGGAAUACAUAUAUUGAACCGGAAACCCGCUAUUGCUCACCAUGCAAUGAGUCAUGCAGUCAUAUUCUAGCAGCAGGACAAAGUCGACUUUGUAGUGGCCCAGGAAAUUUCCUCGGUUUAGGUGGUUGUGAAACCUGUUGGACUGUCAUACAAGACAAAAAUACAAAUAAAUACCAGUGUCUACCAGACGACUGUCCUCCCAAGCAUUACACUGAAUCUUAUCAAACACAAGAUUUUAUUAACAAAGAGAAAAUUAUGGUAUCCUUCCAGACCCCAGUGAAAAAAGGUGAACUCGGUAGUAUGAUUCGUGUGUGUAAACCGUGCCAUCCAUUUUGUGACUUGUGUACAGCCAAUGGGACGCAUGCAUCUAUUUGUCAUAGUUGUGCGCAUUGGUGGUUCAAAUCAGAAUGUGUUGCAGUUUGUCCACCGGCGGAAACUUAUUCACUUCCUGAGUCAGAUAAAUCGUCAGAGAAUGAAGAAAGUUUCAAAAAUGACUUCAUCACCUUUAGUAACAAUACUCAGCUCUCAUCGACUCAGCUAAAAGAAUUCAUGUUCCUAUCUAGUAGUACUACUAUUUCUAAUACCAGCGCUGCCACUGCUGACGAUCAGCCACAAUACAAAAUGUCCCAACCACCUGCCCCAGCAUUUUUGGUCAAGCUGAAACGUUCACAACGUCGUUGUCUCCUGUGUCAUGAACAGUGUAUUCAAGGUUGCUCUGGGCCUGGACCAGAAGACUGUGUGAAAUGCCGAAACUACCAAAUAGUUAUAGAUGAAGAAAACAAUAAGUUCAUCUGUAAUUCAUCCUGCCCAGAGGAUCGUAAUCACAUUUCUCAUGGCAUGUGUUUAACAGCUGAACAGCAUGCCCGUCUAUCUGGUCAAACAGCUCGAGAACUACGAAAUCGUAUACUUAUCGGUGUUGCUGUUUCAGUUUUUGUAAUUAUUGCACUUGUUACAAUCAUACUAGUUGUUUGCUUGAAACGAAAGGCUGAAGCAGAAAAAGUUCGUGAACAACUACGCUCUGUUUAUACUAACUUGCUGGAACCUGAUAUGAAAACCCAAUCAGUAAGUCGAGAGCCAAAUAUGGGACGGCUGGAAAUGAUCAACCAAGAUGAUCUAGCCUGUGAUUUCAAUGCAGCUCCUCUUGGAACGGGAUCAUUUGGAGCUGUAUACAAAGGUAUUUGGAAAGUACCCAAGCAUGCUUUGCUUCGCUACAACUGGAAUCGGGGUGCCCAGCUGGAUGUUGCUAUAAAAGUUAUCCUCAACGAUUCAACAGAUUGUUCUGUAACAUCAAACCCAUCUUCCCCAUUUGUGUUCAAUAAUUCAUCGCCUGAGGAAUCAAAGAGAGCAUCUGCACGAGCUAAUAUUGAAGAACUGCUCCAAGAAGCUAAGAUUAUGGCAUCUGUCAUGCACCGUCACUGUCUUCCACUAAUCGGAAUAUGUCUUUCCAGUGAACGUCACUGUUUGGUCUCAAUUUUUGUUGAGCUCGGCAGCCUAGAUCGUUAUGUUAAACAACACGCAAAUGAAUUGAACAGUCUUACACUUUUAUCUUGGGGUGAACAAAUUGCUGAUGGAAUGAGUUAUUUGGAAAUGCGUGGAAUUAUUCACCGCGAUUUGGCUGCCCGUAAUGUCCUUGUUCAAACUCGUGAACACGUCCAAAUUACUGAUUUUGGUUUGGCUAAAAUGUUGGAACGUCGUGAUGAAGACAGUGUUAUUGUUAAGGCUGGUCGAGUUCCGAUACGCUGGUUAUCUAUAGAAACACUACAAUAUGGAAUAUACUCGCAUAAAACUGAUGUCUGGAGUUACGGUGUAACACUAUGGGAAAUAUUUACGUUUGGCAAAAGACCUUAUGAAGAUGUCGAUACUGUGGAUAUCAAGGACCAUGUAAUCAAAGGUGGACGCCUGACACAACCGGAUAUAUGCACCUUAGAUGUAUAUAUGGUCUUAGUUAAAUGUUGGAUGGAAGAUUAUGAGUCUCGUCCUACGUUCAUUGAACUAAUGCGUACAUUUAAUAACUUUUGCAAAACUCCUGGACGUUACCUGUACAUUGAAGGUGAUCAAUAUGCUCUUAACUACUUUCAUAAUGCUAACUCAGGAUCUGUCAACUUCUCAACUGAAUCACACGAACUUCAGCCAAUGUUAUCAGUUCGAGGCGUAUCCGAUGAUGGUACAACAUCGAGUAGAAAUAAUAGUUUACAUCGCCAUCACACAAUGCUAACAGAUACAAAUAUGAACAGACCUUAUUCUUCAGGAAAGCUACAGAGAGCUUUAUCAGACCAGCCAAGUGAAAAAUCUGAUCCAUAUGGUGUUGGUCAGCUCAAUGAGCCUACUGAAACACAACUUUUACUUCCUACUCGAUCAAAUAAUGGUACCAUCGGGAACCAUCCUACAAGAUCACGCAGAGUAGGUGCUGGAGCUUCAACCAAAGGUUCUGAUACCAACUUUUCAGGAUUAGGUAGGAUUUGGAAAAAAUCAAAUGUCAACGAAAAAACAAAUUCAGAUAACAUGAGUCCCUCGAAGAGGCCCAAUGCGCCUUUGGCAAGUCGGGAAGAUUCUUGGUUAAGCGAUAUACCCAAAUCGUCAGGACAUCCAGAGUCCUUUACCUCAUCUGAAGCAACUACCACAGGUAAUAAUACCACUGACAUGUCCGGGAUAUCACCUUCUAAUAAUCCAUCGCGUAAUGUGUUUAACUUUGGGCGUCAAAAUUUGGAAGGUAUCCAGUUUAACUCUCAUAAAAAUGAUAACAUAAGUCGGAACUUUGGAACGAAUAAUGACGCUGAAUAUCUGCUUGAUCCACCUCCCCCUCCACCUACCCAACAACUAGGUAUAACAGAUGACUACUUACAGCCUAAAACUAAUGCUGCUUCAAAAAUCUCAAAUACAUGUGAUGGUGGAUUAACAAAACAAAUGAAUUACACCGAGUUGGGUCCACCGACGUUUCACGACACACCUACUACAGAUGAAUAUUUAAACCCAAAUAUGCAACAACCAGAAGAGUACUUAUCUCCAAUUCUUAGUGGAUUUGGCGUAACCAAUCCAGAGUACUUAAUGUACCCCAAUAGCCGCCAACAGGAAUGUGACCAGGAGAAUAUAUCGAAACAAAUCAGGAAUACCACUAGUGACUCAACAUAUUCGUCAAAGAAUCAGAAUAAAACAAACCAGGAAUAAAUUAUUUUAUUUUAGUAUCGGCCACUACUGUUGCCACUUCCGCUGCUAAAACUCGUGUUUCUAACACUGAGAAGUAACUACAUAGUUACUUUAUUGAGAAUAUUAAAAAUACUGCUACAAAUAUGACUAGCAGUUGAUUUGUAAUUUCAAUCUUUAUCUAUGCUUCUAAUCUACCGUCUAUAAAUUUCCAAGACAAAUUUGCGGUUAUACACUAGUUUUCUAUUUAUAUCUAGUGUACUGAGUUAGACAAUGAGAAAUUACUAUUGUUCAAACCACUGCAGUCCUAAGAGCGGUAAAACAACAAUCCGUUCUAGCAUUAUUUUCACUCUUUAAAUGUCGACUGUUUUUGAUUAUUCGGAUGAAUGUAAACUAUGCCAAAUAUGAAAUGAAAUAGUUCAGAUGCUUUUACUUCAGUUGUUUUUGUUUUAAAUAACUGCAAUUAUCACAGGUAAAAAUUAAUAUUCAGUGAAAUUCAGCUUUUUUCUGCCAUUAUCUUCAAAUGAACCAAACCUACAGUACAGCAAUGACUCUUUUUUUUAUAUGUUUCUUGUUUUUCCAUCAGUAUUUUUUCAUCUGGAGUUUACUGAUAGUAUAUGUUUUGAAACACUGCUCUACUUUAUAUCAGCUUUCGUCUGACAAGAUGUAACUUCGUUCCUCUGCUUUCAUUUUCCUCAGCUAGUCUCUGUUUCUCUUCUCUUCUUUGCCCUGACUUGCAAUCGCUUAAAUUAUUUUACGCACUCUGACGAAGCUGUUUGCUGUAUCAUUGUUCGACUAUCAUCCAUUACUUUAGUGAGGCAGUGAUGAAAAUAGACUGGACCGUCUAUAUAUCAACUAUGGUUUACAGCAAAGAAACACUGCCUCACUGAUCAAUUUUGUUUUAGAACAAUUUUAUGUUCUAGAUGCAUUUAUUGUUGAGUUUGAUGAGUGUUUUUUUAUUGUAAAUACUUUAAUUUCACCUGUGUUUGCAUGUUGUUUUAUUUGUCUUAUUCUUAGAAAUCAUAUAUAAUAUUUCAAGUUGAAUCGUUACUAAAAAGUGGGGACUCGAUAGUUUUCUUAACAAAUUUUGACUACUAAUAUAUUUUUAAGUAGGAAGUUAAGUGCUACCAAAAUAAUGUUGUUUCUUUUGGUAUUUUGUUAACAAAAAAUAUGGACUUCUACACCAAGAUUAUCUUGCCCACAUAUGCUGUAUUUAAAAACAAUCGUUUGUUGUUAGAGAAAGACUGUCUUUGAGUUUAUACGCUGACUGAUUAAAGGAGAAUGGGAGAUAUGAGUGUUGUUUUUCAAUCAAUUAAUACUUAUAAUUCUGUCAACCUGCAGAACAAAAAUGUAUAAAAUCGUGGUUGUACAGUUUUUAAGAAUGAAAUUGCCGGAAAAACAUCUUUGCUGCAGCUUUUGUUUUCUUUUUUAUAACAUUUAUAAUUCAGUACAGUGCUUCAGCUGAAAAAACGCUGUUAAUUCGCUUAUUUCCAAUGUUCUGUAAAGAAGAAUGAAUCUGACAGCGGUGUGAUUUAAUUGUGAGAAUAGCAUUCACGCUGGCUGUUUGUAGUACCACCAGAAUUAUGAAAUAUUCUGUCCACAGAAUGCAGAUUCUGAUUUGUUUACCACCGCAUUAUUUUGGUGGUUACAAAGAAUUUCUGCCUACAUAUACUCUAUUUAGCUCCGUUGCUAAUAAAAUUUAAAUUAUAGUAAAUAUUGCAGUAUAUUUUCUUGUUAUUGAGAGACAGGAACCCCAAAAAGGGAAAAUGUAAAAAAUUUCUUUAUUUUAUGUAUUGGAGAAACCUGUGAGAAGAAACCUUUUAGUACUGAGUAACUGAAAACUAUAAAAAGGAAUAAUAUGCACAUUACUACCAAAAUCUUUUCAAUAAUUGUUAAAUCUCGGUAUCUAGAAGUGAAAAUAUUGUUAAAGGCUGUUGAUAGGCCUUUUAUCAUACAACCGUGGAUCAACAAAGAUGGAAACAACAAAAUGUAACCACCGAACAUUUUUAGAAAGUCGGAAUCAUGCAUAAUAUGACCAUGCUGAAUAGCAAUCGUUCAUAACUAAUACGUGUAAAUACUAUGGAGGUGCAUCAACUGGUCGCUAAAUAAACAAGUUUGUAAAGUAGGUCACAUCACUGAAUGUCAGAUUUAGUCUAAAUACCAGAACAUCAAUGUACCUUGCAAAAUGUUUU